ACCGUUUGGCCUCCUCGGUGUCAAACGGGUUUGCGGCGUUAAUUUAACCUGCGACAACAAAUAUAAUCAGGAGGUUUUCUCUCAAUGGCGACAUACAAGAUGGGUGUAGCCGAAGAGCGGGCUUCUUAUUAACGCAUGUCUGACGCGGACUCUCGGGGAGGUCGCUCGCCUCAAGCUGCUUCGGGCUGAGUACUUCAUGACAAGAAUGAAGACGGAUCUGCAAGAAGUAUCCACAUCUCUUGUAAAACAUCUCGAUACCUCGCUAUCAAGAUUUCCCAAACAGAUUUUCAAAUGAAAAUGGAGGAUAUGCCGCUGUCAGGCCCAGACAACACCAGGUUGGAGGCCUUGGUCCAUGACAUCUACUCUGAGCUGGUGGAAGAUGCCUGUUUGGGUCUGUGUUUUGAGGUGCACCGUGCUGUGAAACAGGGCUGCUUCUUCUUGGAUGAGACGGACCAAGAGAGCAUGAAAGAGUUUGAAAUCGUGGAUCAGCCAGGUGUGGAUAUAUUUGGCCAGGUGUACAAUCAGUGGAAAAACAAAGAGUGCGAGUGCCCGAACUGCAAAAGAUUGAUAGCAGCUUCCCGCUUCGCCCCACACUUGGAGAAAUGUCUCGGCAUGGGCCGCAACAGCAGCCGCAUCGCCAACCGCAGGUUAGCCAGCAAUAAUAACAUGAGCAAAUCAGAGAGCGACCAGGAGGACAAUGAUGACCUCAACGAUAACGACUGGUCGUACGGGGCAGAAAAAAAGGCCAAGAAGAGAAAGUCAGAUAAGAAUCAGAAUUCCCCGAGAAGAUCCAAAUCUCUAAAACUUAAAAAUGGUGAGCUCGGGAGCAGCGGCAGCUCGGAGCCGUACAAGUACAAUUAUAAUACCGGCAUCAAUUAUGAAACGUUAGGCCCCGAUGAAGUCAGAUCCAUUUUAUCAACGCAAUGCGGGGUGAUCUCUGAGCACACCAAGAAGAUGUGCACCAGGUCUCAGCGAUGUCCCCAGCACACAGACGAACAGAGGAGGGCCGUCAGGGUGUUCUUCCUGGGGCCCUCCGCGCCGUCCCUGCCCGAUGCGGAUGCCGUGGUGGAGAGCGACAGCUUCGACAUUCCUGAUGGACAGACGCUGAUGAGCCGCCUGCAGUGGGAAGACUCCCCGGAUAUUUCACCCACUGACUCGGCCUCGUCUAAAGCCAGCACCAACCAUUCCGAUUCCAGGAGGCCCAAGAAAAAGAAAACGUCUCUCGGUUUGAACAGUGGAGGAGGAGUAGGAGUAGGAGUAGUAGGAGUAGGAGUAGUAGGAGUAGGAGGAGGAGGAAUAGGAGGAGGAGGAAUGUCUGGAGGCAGCAGCAGCUCUCAGAGUAAUAUCAGCUUAUCGACCAAAAGAAAGAGGCCCAAACUCUCAGCACCUUCUAUCACCAGCAUCUAUGAUGACUUAAACUAGCAGUCUGCCAGAGCAGCUCUCUCCUCCUCUCUCCUCCUCUUUUAAGCUCCUCCAUUCGUACCUAACCAUUUACCGGCCUGGACAGGAUAGGGAAAAAACCUGGUUCAGUGGUUUAAUUCAUUCAGCCUUGACGAAUAACAACAUUUCAUGAACCCUUCUGUCGUUUGAACGUAACAACACAUGUGGCUUGGUGGUGAAAUGCCACGUGAAGCCGGCUGCAGCGCUAACUCCUCUCUGGAUGAAUGGAAGCAUGAACCCGAACGCCUGUCCGUCUGCCGGUAAAGUCACCAUGUAUGCCUUCAUGUUGCCCAGGCAGGUAUUUUUAAAUGUGCGCUGUUCCACAAAAUGCCCCAUAACAUUUAAAUUCCUGAUGACCUUAUUAUUGGCUAUGCUCAGUCAGAAGAGGUUUUAGAAAAGUCCGAAACCUUCAGGUGUCGUUGGGGCUGGUCCCGUGACCCAGGGCGUGUCCUGUGACCCGGCCUUCCAUGUUCAUCUAACUUUUUUGAGGAGACGUGUCGGCUUUAAAACACUUGACACAUCAGUGGCUUUGUAAUUCUAGUUGCGUGUGUGUGUGUGUGUGUUCAUAAAACUGCAUCCUAGAAUGUGUUAUGUGUGGCAGUACGUGUGGUAUUUAAAAUAUUUCACUUUUUUUUGUUGGCCUCAACAACCUAUUUAAGUUUUUACUUGUCACUGCCUAUAAAGUGGUGUGUGUGUAUAUAUAUUAUUGUGUGUAAAUGCCGAUUUUGAUAUUGGACGAGCCGGUCGGCUCGGGGCACAUGUACAGGACAUGUAUGUGUGACGCGUGAGAUGGAAACGUAAUCAUGAACCCAACAUAACCUUCGUUCCUCGGUACCAACCCGUUCUUGUGUGUCUUCCCCUCUUCUCUGCUCCGGAGCUCACGAAGCGGAUCAGCGCUGCGGAUCUGCUCGUCAUUCACGGCGCGACAACCGUACGCCGAUAUAUUGUCUUAUGUCAAAUAAAUAUAUUGACAUGCUUUAGAAAUCAGAUGCACUAUUUCACUAAUCUUUUACUUGCAAUUUCUCCCAGUUAUGUCUUAGUGAAGGAGUUGUUAUUUAUUUUCUUUAAAAAGAAUUCAAAUACUUUUCAGUGUUGGAUAUUAUUCUGGAUUUUAAUGCAAGGAUGUCGUGUUUUGUUUUAAUAAAUCCCCCUUGGGGAUGAAUAAAGUGUGUAUCUAUCGAUCAUCGCUGUACAGCUUAGGGACUGUAUGAACAUUAUUAGAGGGGGUAGGAAAAUCGGGCAAAAGCUGCCGGUGUACUUCAUCAGAAAGGCUUGUUGGAUUAUGGAUAAGCACCGGAACAACAACAACAACCACUUUUUUCAGAUGUCAGUCAUUUUCUGUGAUUGGUAGGCUGUGCAGCUGGGCACCUUCCCGCCCUCAAGAACCUCUUUUUAAAUAAUUAUUUCUCCAACAGUGAAAAUGUGCACCGCUAUCCAUCAUCUCCAUAUUCAGGUGUUUUAUUAUCUCACACCUACGAUGUUGUUUCACUCCUUCACGACCUUCACGUGUCGCAGCGCGGAUCAUAAUCGGGCAACGCGUCGUAUGAAUCUGUCCCUCUUGAGCCUAACCGACCCUUAUGCUUGUUAAUCUUGUAUUUCAUUCUUUUCCUCGUGAGAUUUAUUGUAAAAACAUGUGCCGUGAAUAAUACGUCUCUGUAUCAAGUCAUUGUUUUCCUCAUCAAAUUUUUUGGGUUCGCAGAACUCGCUAGAUUCUAAUGGGUUGAAUAAUUGUUUGUUUCUUAAAAUGUGUUUCUGGGUCGUGGGAGAAGGGUGUCCCUUAUUGAUCUAAGUCAAGGUUCAAAGAAAUGAAUGGCCAAGGAAAUAUAACUCAACCUCCAAUCCAAAUAAUCUUUGUACAGUCCCAAAAGUAUGUUCAGAACAUGACAAUCACAUUGUUUCUGUGAAGGUCUGAGUGGACCGCGCCUUUUAAAUCUGUUCCGGUAAAGUCUUGUGAUGUGCACUAACGAUGAACAAACUUAUUGAUACUUUGCUAAAUGUGAUUCUUCGACCGCUAUUCGUGGAUGAAGCGAACAGCCGGUGUUCUCUUGUGGCUCUUUGUGUAUUUGUGAACAGUACGAGGGCAAUAACAAAGAAUGCCGACGUCGUGAGUUUCCAAUGUGUUCGUGCACAAACCUGUGCAUGUGUGAAUUUAAUUUCACUGCCAUGCAUACUGGUGUUUGUAUAUAAAUAAACACAAACCUGA